AUUUGAAGGCUAUUUCCUGUUUGGCGGUAAAAUGGCGGAUGUUGAUGUUUUGAAAUAAUUUUGAUUAUUUUUCACAUCUUUUAAAGUAAAUGAUGUCAAGUAACUCUUAAUUUAUCACAGUAAUAUGUAGGAUAAUAAAAAUAUUAAAGAUGGAUGUGGACAAUAUAACGAUUGAAGACUGCAUGUGCAGUAUAUGCAUGUGCAUAUUUGUAGAACCAGUUACGAUGCCAUGUACACACACUCUCUGUAUGCCUUGCUUCAAACAAAAUGUAGAGGCAACAAGUUUGACCUGCCCUUUGUGUCGUAAGAGGAUAUCCACAUGGGCAAGGAAGGCUGCUAGGGAAAAGUGCCUUGUAAAUAAAGCUUUAUGGGCAAAGAUUCAGAGUAUGUUUCCUGACAGAGUAGAAAGGAGACUUGAGGGUGAAGAUCAAGAAGAUGACAUGACAAUGGAUGUAUUUCAUCCUAUCAUAAACUUGGCAAGGCCUGGAGAAAUAAGACAAGAAUAUGAAGAACAGUUGAAAAGGCUUGAGAAAGAACGUGAACUGGAAAGACAAAGAGAACAGGAAGCAAGCGAGGCCUUGAUAAGAAAGCUAGAGGAAGAACAGAAAGUCAAGUCUGUACAUCAACAGAUGAUAGAAGAAAGAGAUCAGGAAUUAGCUAAAGAAUUAGGAAAUGUAGUCACUGAGGCUGGUACAGACAGUCCAUUCAAUUUACUUUUAAAGGAAUCAAAGAAUCGCUUAACGCGCAGUAGAGGCUCAUCAGCUGCAAGUUCUAAACAGAGUCCAUUAACCAUAGAAUCAUUUAUGCAAAAAAUGAGAGAUGCUGAGAAAAUGAAAGAGGCAGAUAGAUCUGCUGCUAGAAAUACAGACUCACCAUAUCCAUAUACGUGUUAUACUCCAUCAGACAAAGGCAACCAUUCACGUCCUUCUACAGUGACAAUUAGUUCAAGGUCAUCAGUGCGAUCAUCAACUAGUUGUACGAGUUACAAUACAGACCCUGACAUUGAAUUGGAACUUGUCACACACAAUGACCAUUUAAUUGGACAGACUGAUCUGUUAGAAAACAAAGAUCGGAUGAAAAAUGUCUCGACAACAGCUGUCCGUAGUGAAAGCAGUCAAAGUUUAGAUAGUAUAAAUCAAGAGUUGAAUCAUUUCAAACCGAUUAAGACAUGUCCUGUCACUCCUCCUAAGAGAUCUGCCAGUGGAAAGAUAGUUGAAACACAGGUUAUAAGAACUACCCCAAGAAAUCUAUCAAUGGCCGACUCUUUUUCACCCACCACUUCUAAAACUAUGUCUGACAUAGAUGCAGGCAGCCCUGUAAUGAAAAGACGCUUGUCAGAACUUGAAGAGGAAAGAAUGUCUCAAGUGGAACAAAAUUCUAAAGCAACCGAAACUGCAGUAAGCAAUACUGAAGAAAAGAAAAAAGGCAUUUCUAAAUAUUUUAAUAUAAAAUCCAAGUCGCCAUCACCAUCAGAGAAUAUUCCUAAUUUUGUGAAGAAUGUAGAAAACAAAGGGAUAAUUUUGAAAAAAGUUGUGAUACCACUAGAACCUAUUUUUGACAGUAUCGAUGACAUUAGAGAUUUUGAUGAUGUCAUGGCACCUUUGAUGGAGAUAAAUAACAUUCAGAAAAGACCUUGUAUAAAAGAUAAACCCAUAAAAGUUAGACAGAGGAAUAACUCUAAACAGGAAAAUGUGAAUAAUAAUUCAAUAUUAAGUCCUCAGAGGUCUAUUACAGAUUGGUUGUCAAACACAAAUUGUGCUUUGAAAAGUUCAUCGAAUAGUUGGACGAAAAACAGUAACAAUAAUUGUGGUCAGGAUAUGGAUGUUGAUUCUAAAGAGGGCAUUUUGAACUUAGAUAUAUCGGGUCAUGGUAGAAAUAAUAAGUUGAAACUAAAAAAAUAUCCAAAGCGUAAACAUGCAGCUUAUCAUAUUAGUGAUUAUGUGUAUCCACAACUAAGUCCCAAAAAGAGAAAGAUAUGCAUUGAAUUAAGUAGUGAUGAUGAAUCUAACAAUGGCGAAUCAGAGGACGAAAGUGUAGAUUCUGUUCCUUCUAGUCUGUCUUCAAUGAGGUCGUCACGAUCACUACGUUCAGAUAGUGGUAGAAGGCAUGUUAAGUCUAAAAGACAAAGGGAAUCAACAAAACUGAGAGAAAGUGGAAUGAAAAAACUUAAAUCUGUUGGACAUUCUAGACAUUUAGAGAAACAAGAACAGGGUAAAACUAUGCAUUCAUUUCUGCAACCGAAAGCUAGAAAUGUUCGGAUAAAAACAAGUACACUUAGUUCACAAACUGGACAUGAUAGUGUAUUUAAUGACAGUACUGUUAAGCCUGUUAAACUUACACAAGAAGAGGCAGAUCGCCAAUUAGCAUUACAGCUUGAAAAAAUGUUCAGGUACGAAGAAAAGAAUAAACUGACUGCCAUUAGAAUGAAAGGAUCAGACAAUGAAUAUAAUUUUAGACGAAAGUCAAAACAUCUUUCGGAAGAACUUUUAUAGUUGACAUUAUUGAGUUCAGGCUAGAAUGUGAAAUAUGUCUAUUUUCCCUAGAGCAAAUUGGUAUAAAAUAUUGAAAAUAUUAAUAUAACAAAAAGAUUACUGAUGUCAUUGGGAAUUUUACUACCAAUUUCUGAUUGAAAUGAAUUUUCAUAUUCAUUUUUUCAGAGUUUAUUUUUAUAGUUGGUUGAAUGAGAGCAAACAAACUUAUAUUUUAUCAUGGCCUUUUAUUGCUCAUUAAAAUAAACUUAUAUGUACAAUGUAUAUGUAUUAUGGUAGAUUAUAGAAUCUGUAUUAAACUUCUUGAAUGAAUUCCAAUUUUGAUUUAAAUUUUCUUACGUUCAUAAUUUGCCAGUACGUAGUGACAGGUCAUGUUCGUGAUGUUAGGUGUUCUUAAAAUAACUCAAAAACUGGUUUGGUUUCAGUCACAAAAUUAUUCAUCAGUUCAAUGUGCAUAUUUUGGUUUAGAGAAAAACUAUUUAAUUUAUCUGACACCUUAUUAGUGCUGUUUCUUUUAUAAAUGUAUAUUAAAAUAAAAGAUGAUUGAUUUAUGAUAAUACAGUCACGUGUUUACAAAACACAGCUAAUGUAUAUUUUUUUUUAUUUUUGAGUAAGGUAAUUUAGACCUGAAUGAUGGAGUUAGCUCCAUAAUGUUGUCACCUGCAAUCAAAUUGUCUUACAAAAAUUAAUUUAACGCUGCAAGAGUGAUUUUUCACAGUGAAUUGGUAAACUUGAGUUAUUUACUAUAAAAGAAAUUUAGAUCUCCCUGAUUUAUUUAAUCUCAAUAUAUAGAUCAUAGAUGUAAUACUAUGUAAUUGUAAAUUCAAAUUUUAUGAUUCUUUUCAAAUAUAGUUUUUUUCACUGAAUUACCUGAUGUGUUCUGAAUGUAUUUGUGUAUGUCUGAAGCAACUUGUCUGUUUAUGAUCAAAACAUCUUUACCACUAAUUACAUGUACAAAAAUGGUACUUCUAAACUUGGUACAAUUGUUUAAAGAUGAACACACAUUCUUUAAAAAUCUGUCAAUUAUAACCAGAGGUUGCAAACUUGCAAGGGAGGCUGUUCUUUGUAGAUGCCUUUUCAAUUCUUUUAUUAGAUGAAAUAUCAAAUUACAAAAUGCAUGAUUUAUGUUAUUUGUACAUGUUCAUCAAUAAACCAUAAGGAGUUCUUUUUUAGAGAAGAUUUGUUUAUCAGAUCAUACACUGAAUCUUCACAUGAUCUAUUCGUGGAUUAAAUAAUAACCUCUAUCAGCAGCUCCAAACGGAGAUACAAAGUCAGAAUUAUUGUAAACAUUGUACCAGUAAAUCUAUAAAUACUCCAAAUUUCUAGGGGCAUUACACUUCCUUGUUUAAAUAAUAUAUAUGACUAAUCUUUUUGUGUAUAGAGUUUGAAUUGGAAAGUUCAGCUUUUUACAAGUUAAUAUGAAGAAUAAAUUCACAAAUGUUUUACUUAUCUUCAGGUAAUUAUAUAUAAGAAACUUCAGUGUCCUAGCUAGGAUUAAGGGCAGAGAGGCACAAUUUAAAAUUGAAGCACCAUUUCUUGUCUCAAAAGGUACAACUUGAUCAUGCUGAUAAAUAAAACAUGGAAAUAAUCUGAUAAUUUAAAAAAAUAUAAGUAUAACUGAUACAUGUAAAUUUAUAGUAUUUUUAGGUUGUUAAGUAGCUAGAACACAUGAGUUCAAUAUUUCAAUAUCUUGUCUUCAUGCAUAAACAGUAGCAUAUUUUUACAAUGGAUACACAUGCAAUAUUAAGAUUUUUAUUUUAAUAGUUUAUAUUCUUUACAAUAGUUUGGAGGACACUGAUUCUAUUGAUUAUUUUUAACAAUGAUCUGAAAAAUAAAUGAUACAUUUAAUUUCUUA